AUGAAGGACCGGCUGGAGCAGCUCAAGGCGGUGAGAGAGGCGGAUGACGACACCGAGGAGCUGGAGAUCGCCGUGGACAACACGGCCUUCAUGGAUGAGUUCUUCUCGGAGAUCGAGGAGACCCGGCAGAACAUCGACAAGAUCUCGGAGAACGUGGAGGAAGCAAAGAAGCUCUACAGCCUCAUCCUCUCAGCGCCCAUCCCGGAGCAGAAGACCAAAGAUGACCUGGAGCAGCUGACGGCGGAGAUCAAGAAGAUGGCCAACAGCGUCCGCAACAAGCUGAAGAGUAUGGAGAGGAACAUUGAGCAGGACGAGGCACGAUCCUCCGCUGACCUCCGGAUACGCAAAUCCCAGCACUCGGUCCUGUCCCGCAAGUUCGUGGAUGUCAUGACCAAGUACAACGAGGCGCAGGUGGAUUUCCGAGAGCGCAGCAAGGGCCGGAUCCAGCGGCAGCUGGAGAUCAACGCUCCCGACCAUCCCAGCGGUGUCACCUCCCGGCUGGAUCCUCCCCGGCACCGAUCCCGCCCGCUUCCCUCCCUGCCUUUCCCGGACCUGCUCCCCUCACCCUCCGUGUCCCGCUUCCCACCGCUGGCUCCGGCUCGGCACCGCCGCCUUUCCCUCCACGGAGCGUCCCGUCUCAGUUCCCCGCCGAUCCCUAGGAUCCUCCCCACGGGAAAAGGGAGGGGACACCGCGACACCGCGGGGACGUGGCCGCUGGUGCCAGCGCGGGGUGACAAGGAGAUGGAUCCAAGGAAGAAGAUCAUGAUCAUGUUGUGCUGCAUCAUCCUGGCCAUCAUCCUGGCCUCCAGCAUCGGGAGCAUCUUCGCCUGAGCCCCCAUCCCGCUGCCCUCCAGGUGGCUCUUCCCCCUCCUGCCCCCCGCCCGGAUGAUCCAUGGGAGAGACCCCGGCCUGCCAAGCC